AUGGUAGAGAGCAUCAUCGUCGAAAAGAGUCUCAAUAGCAGCGGCUGGCUAUGCCGUACUCGGCAACUCCUAAUGCUUUCUGGGGUCAGGCAUGCGGAUGUUUUGAUGAAACUUGGUGUUGAGGUCAAGCUAGACCAGUCCGAGGUCGGCCAGAACAUGCAUGAGCAGAUACUCGUGCUUCCCGUUGUUCUGAUCGAUAACUCGCGCGGCUUGAUGGGUGUUCCCUUGGCGAACAUUAGCGACCCUCCCGUGAUUGACACCUGUUACUUCAGUACGGCUUUGGAAAGGUACGCUGCAUAA